CUUGAAGCGGCUGAGUUUAUGCAACAGGCCCACAGGACACCUACUGCUGCGGAACUGAGUGCUGCUGGUCACGUGUCAACAGAUGCAAGUUGCUGACUACGUCAUUGUCAAUGGAAACACUGAAAGGUCCUCUUUGUGGAACCUCAGGAAGUUCCCAUCAUGCAGUUGGAGGCUCAGCUGCGUCUUUGUCAGAGUUGUCUUUGGUGCUGCAAGAGCGGGCUGCGUCUGCUCUCCCAGAGCUAUGCACACAGAAAAGCUGUGAGUUACUACGAUCUCCUGGGAGUCAAAUCCGACGCCUCCUUGGAGGAAAUAAAAAAUGCAUUUAUUGACAAAUCUAAAAAGCUGCACCCAGACAGUGACCCAUCCAACCCAGCGCUGCACGGCCAGUUUGUGGAGCUGAACGAGGCCUACCGAGUGCUGAGCAAAGACCCGAGCAGGAAGGAGUACGACUUCAAAACCAGACAUCCAUACGGCGGGGGCCAGGCCUUCAGAUCUACCUCCAGUCACACCAGCUACAGAGCCAGCACGGACACCCAGGAGAGCUUUCGUUACUGGGAGCAGUUUCGCCAUUCUCAAGCGCAGGAGAUGACGGCAGAGGAGUGGCAGAGGAGGAGGAGGAGAAACUUUCACCUGGUGGGCUACUGCUUCAUGACUAUGUUGUUCAGCAUCGGGGUCCACGUAGUCUUCUUCAGGAAACUGGAAGAAGUUCACAUUAACUUCAUGGACGAGAAAGAUCGAGUCAUCACAGACAUUUACAAUGAAUCCAAAGAGAGGGCCAGGGCCAACGGUUUUAAGAAACAGACAGAAAUCCUGCGGCAGAAACAUGCAGAGUUUCUGGAGAAAUACAACAUCCGCAACGAUGGAGACGACAAGUAGGAGAGUCUCCGACUGCGCUCAGUGACGAUGGAGUUUGAUACUGCCAGCAGGUGGAAGGCGGCAGACUGGAUGUGGUACUUGUUUUAGGAUUUUAAAGUGUAUUUAUUGAAACGAAACAUGCUGAUGUGUUUGAGGACUUUUAAGACACACAGAACAUGGGUGUGAUGUGUCAGACUGGACCCGGUCUGUCGAAGCAUUUACUUACUGUAGAAUAUUUGAAGUGAUGUAACGGUCAGAAGGAUCCACCUACAGCGUGUACACAAACUUCUCCAGUAUGUGUCCAAAGGAGCCAUAAUGAACACAUGUUUAAACUGCCUCUAAUGAACUCAAAGGGACUUGAUCUCUGCUGUCCUCAGCCUCAUUGCUGUGUUAGUGGGGCUCACCAAUUUACAGCAAAUUAACACCAGAUGAUCUCGUCAAGACGAAACACACCAGCUAUAAUGCCAAUAUGUUUCUUGCUGAAAGAGACUGGUAUUGAUUAAAAUCAUAUAUUAGUUUGCACACAACAGGAUGUUUCCGUGAUGUCCUCUCAGGUUUGAUGAGGCUGUUCGGGGGGGAUGAUCUAGGAGGGUGAAGUGCAACAUGUCCAAAGUCAAAACGUUUUUCAAGCAAAGUGGUUGAAACAUGCUACAAUGCCCGUUUACGUUUCACAGUUAUGGAUCUUGGGACAUCGCCGUCAAACUCCUCAUUGUUCCCUCUGUUGACCCGGUGUGUUUCUGUAGAAUGCAACACCAUGCCUAAUAAAAAGUCCUCCAUUUGUUAGAAACAGAGUCAGAGAAUAAGAUGAUCGGUAUUAUGACUUAAAAAGAGUGGUGCUGAGUAAUUUACAUAUAGUCCAACUAUUGUGUUAAAAAACGAGACUAUGAAAAUGUUCCCUUUAAAUGGAAAGAAGUUCACCGGUUAUUUCAGCACUUAUCGCCGAUCCUCUCAGUUUUUCGAUAUUAGAGAUUGUCGCCUUACUUAUUCCUUGAAGGGAUGUCGGAGGGAAAUGAUUAAAAGAUAAACUUUUACUCAUCAAUCAUUACUUCUCUUUGUUUUGUCUCUCAUUCACAUACUGUAUGCUUUGGCUCUUGGUUUCUGUAAUACAGAACAGACUACAGACACUGCGUGUUUUUUCUGUUUUCAUACCAAUAAAUGUACGAUUUUCUUUGGAAAAGGGACAUUAAAAGUUAAGUAACCAUUUCAGCGAAAAAAUAUUUCAUUGGAAAGGAUUUUCUCCAAUAAGUUAAAGAGGCUCAGACAUUCAGAUGUAGACAGUGGCCUUUUAAUGAGCAACCACACAGAUGAGUCGGCACUAUUGUAGUCUGAUAGUAAUUAGUGAAUCAUUGAUCUGCCCUACAUCAUGAUUCAGAAGUUUAUUUUCCAUUAUGCUCUUUUAAAGGGAAUUUGAAAAGCCCUUGUAAACAUCCAAUCUCACAUUUUGGAGCUGCAGAUGUGAUUAACUGGAAAACUGACUUCACCAAUACAGUACACAGCAUGUUUAUUUGCAUAUUUACAUUCACAUGAAAGCUCCAUUUCAUUUUGGUUAUAAGCACAUCCUGGGUGCGCAACAUUUGUUUGCUGCUGACAUCAUGGAAAAAGUCUUGGUUUCUAGUUGUUUUUUUAAAGAAUACAUGCAGGACUUAUGAAACUACCGUACAGAGCUACCAUGUGAAAUGUGUUUUAAGACGAGAUAUUGCCUUUUUUCCUUCUCUGUGUUCUUGUCACCAGCUUGUCCUGAGACUUCAGCUGGAGAUAACAUAUCCCUGCAUAGCUUACAGACACCCUCACCCUCAUGUGGCGUGUGAGUGCCCUGUCGUAACCCAAACACACUAUAAAGACUGGGAUUCUGGCAUGUCUACACACACACACACCCAACCAGCUGUGAAGACAGAUUUAAUUGUCUUUUAUCUUCAGUUUAAUGAGCUGCAGAGGUGUGUCAGAUCACGCUAUGAAUAAUACUCUGUGUCUGACAUGCAUGCUCUCUUAUUUAUCAUUUGGAAAGCAGUAGAUCGUGAUAUGGAGUGGAAAAUAAAUCAUAGAAAAGUGAUCCUCAGACUUUUACACCAUACUACUUUAUUUGAUAUAAUUCUGUCCCAAAACAAACAUUUGCAAUAAGUUUAAAUUAAAUAAGUUGAUAGGUAGGUACACUUAAUAGUGUUCACAUUUAGAGCAUCAAAAUAUUAUGCAAGUAUUAUAGUAUUUACUCACCAGGUCCGAAGCAAAGGAUGUUAGAAAUACACACAUCUCAAUAUCAAACCAUCUUCUGACAUCAAAAGUUUCAAAUUAUUCAUUAUUUGAGAAUUACAUAUUUUAUAAUUACAUGGCUCAUGUCAGAAAACUUCCUCGAAAAUUCUUUAAUAUUCGGUGAAUUUAUUUGAGAACUUAUGGACUAUAAUGUGACACACCACCCUCUCCAUACUGCCAGUAUACUGUAGUGGUUAAAUGCUAAGUCCUGUAUUGUUUCUUUUGCCAUGAAGCUGCAACUGACAAUUCUUUUAUCGAUUUAUUAUUAAUUUUGGUCAAUGAAAUGUCAGAAAAUAAGGAAAAUCCCUACCAGAGUAUUCCAUGUGACAUUGUUUAUUUUGUCCCAAACCAUAUAGAGCAAUAAUAAAACCAGAAAUAUUCAAAUUUGAGUACCAGUUCAUUUGUGGCACUCUUUCCUCAACAGAUGACUUCAACGAUUUAUCAGUUAUCAAAAGCUGCAGAUCCAUUUUCUGUGAAUCGACUCACUGAUUAUUCGACCUAUUGAACCAGAGUCAUUAGGAGAAUACAAGCCCUUGCUCUAAAAACCCCAAACGUGCAGAAAUAAAACCGAGGAC